CCUCCUUUUUCUCCAGAGCGUCCGUUUCACGCGGCGUUUGUCGCGUGCGGCGUCGAAGCGGCGACACUCGGACCGCGUGUUUGUUUCCACGCGAGGAGGAGGGGGGGGAGAAUCUAGAGGCGCGUUCACGUCACGGGCGCGCCGGAGGCGGGAAACGAGCGCGCGUCUGUUCGCUUGACGCUGACGUCACUGCCUCCACCGGCCUGUUGUUGCUGCUGCGGAGAUGAACGGCUACUCCGACUACGACUCUGACGGGUACUCGUCCACCGAGGACGCGGACUACGUCCCGUCAGAUGAUCACCUCAGCGAGGACGACGUCAUCGGUGAGUGCGAGCGGGAGGAGCCUCCUGAGCAGCUGGGCGGGAAGAGGAAGGAGGUCGGUGCCAGGAAGAGGAAGAGAGGAGGCCUGAAAGUGGACGAGGACGACGCGGAGGAGGAGGAGGAGGAGGAGUCUCGGCCGCCGCAGGAGGAAGGGGAGGGGCCGGUGCCGGCGGUCCGGGAGGAGGACGACGCCAAACAGAAGAAAAAGUCCGACGACCUCUGGGCCAGUUUCCUGUCCGACGUCGGAACCAGACCCAAAGACCCUCCGCCGGCCCCGCGCCCCGGCACCGCGCCCAAGGAGGAUUCCUUGGCGGCGGCGGCGGCUGCGUUGAGCACAGGAACCAAGGCGUCAGAACCGGCUCAGGUCACCAUCACCAAAGUGUUCGACUUCGCCGGAGAAGAGGUCAGGGUGAACAAAGUGGUGUCAGCGGACUCCAAGGAAGCCCAGAGUUAUCUCAAGAGCCAGAACGCCAAAGCGGAGGAGAGUGGGGACGAGGACGAGGCCCCAUCGCCGGGACAACCAGCUCUCCCUGGCACCAGCGCCAAGCGGCCGGCGGGCAUGUCCAGCAUCUUGGGUCGCAUCGGGUCAAAGAAACUGAAGAUGAGCACGCUGGAGAAGUCGAAGAUGGACUGGGACGCUUUCAAGUCGGAGGAGGGCAUCACCGAGGACCUGGCCAUCCACAACCGGGGCAGAGCGGGGUACGUGGAGCGGAAGAACUUCUUGGAGCGCGUCGACCACCGGCAGUUCGAGAUAGAAAAGGCCGUGCGAAAGAGCAACACAAAGCAAUGACGCGGCAUGCUGAGCGCACACAGACACACACACAGGCGCCUCUCCUGACCGUGGGGGUCGGGUGGGGUAAUUGGCUGGAGGUUUUUGACCCCCCCCCCCCCUGGGGGGCUGAAUGUCUCCUGUGCUUCCGACACUAAAGGCAACUUUUCGGGGGGCAGUGAGGUUCCUCCUGACGCGGCUGAUUUAGAAUAAAUGUAGUUUUUGUAGUUUUGUUCUCUUGUUUUAUUUGCAUAUAACAUGGUCCUCAGGUGAGGCCUGUCAGGUUAGUAUCAAUGACCAUCGAUCAUCCUGUGGGAACACAACGCACACCCCGUCACACAACGGCUCCGCUCUGUUGGGACGCUGUAACGGGCGCCGCGAGGAACCACGGCGUCCCGCGGACAGAGAGCGGGUGGACGGACGUCUCCUUGCUUUGCUCUGUUCAUUCAUGUAAAUGUCAGAUACGCAAUAAACACCAACCGGACAUCUUAAACAGGCCAGAUGGGUUGUUUUUGUUCUGCUGAGGUGUCGCCUCAUCCGUCCUCGUUCUGGUGGUGGGCCCCAGAGUGUGUGCGCAGAACCCCCCCCACCCCCAUUACACCUCCACCCUUACACCACCCGCAGCCCGGACCAUUGACACAAGAGCGGACGGAUCUGUCCUUUAAUGCCGUUUGCCUUUAGCUAAUAGCUUAUUAAUUACUGUGUUUGCUCGUAGAACCUCAGAAGGCCUUUGAAGGCCACAUCUGACUGGCUUCUGGUUUGCAGCAUCGUGCAGGUCUCCUCUCGGUCCUGGAUGCGCUGUCGUCUUGUUGCCUUCUUGGUUUUAGGUGAGCUACGAGUGGCAGCGUCUCUCACAAGUCCAGAUGGGCGGAGGAUCAAUUUCCCCCCCCCAAACGCCGCGGUGAGAAAUAGUGGAGCAGAAGGAAAAAAGAUUGAGUUGUGAGUUCUCAUCAUCCACGGUGCAUAAGGUCAUCUGGAACAAUCCCCGCAGCUCCUACAGGAAUGCUUCUGGGCUCAGGAAUACACGGAAGCACGGACCUCUUCUCUGGCCGGGGCUCCUUUAGAUGGACUGUGGCCACGUGGCAAACUGUGGUCAGAACGGAUACAAAUUUCAAACCCCUCAACUUGUUUGAGCUUAUUUUUUCCCUCAAAACGAUGCAUUUUCUCAGUUUAAACAUGUGACGUGUAUCGAUGUUGUAUUGUGAAUAAAAUACUGCAAACUUCUG